GCAUUUGUCAUUGCUUUUAUUUUCCUCCUAAAAACGAUCUUCCCAACACCACUAUCAGUUCUUUUCUGCCACUCCAAUUCCAUCAUAUUCAAUCUUUCAGUUUUAUUUUACUUUUUUUUUAAAGUUUAAAUAAAAAUAAAGCUUAUAAUAACUAAUACUUGAUAAAUAAUUCUGACCCAAAAAUCCAGAACUUCAUACUGUAACCAUUAUCUUCAACCUUCUUUUUUCAAAAAAAAAAAAAGAAAACUCAAGCUUUUCUCAUUUUAGUAGUUAUUUUCUGAGAGACGUUAGCUUUCAUGGAUGAAAUAUACGGAUUCUACUCCAUGGGAGAUCAGUACGUUGACAACGCCUUGAUGUCACCGGAGAACAUGAUCUUUCCUUCUGAUUACCAACCUCGGCUUUGUUCUUCCGAUCGGGUUCCGGCGUUUGGAUCCGACGAGUUAAUCUCUGUCGCCUCCGCCAUCUCCGAAGCCGCUUACGUCACCCCUCAAAUUCAAGGAGAAGUGGACAUUUCAAACGUGAUCAAAGCCAAAAUCGCUUCUCACCCUUAUUAUCCUCGGCUGCUUGAAGCUUAUAUUGAUUGCCAGAAGGUCGGAGCUCCUCCAGAGAUAGCGAGGAUAUUAGACGAAAUUCUGAUGGAGACCGAUGUUAACAAGCGGGAUAUCCUGCCAACCUGCUUGGGAGCCGAUCCUGAGCUCGACGAGUUCAUGGAAACUUACUGCGAUAUGUUGGUGAAAUACAAGUCUGAUAUUUCAAGGCCUUUUGAUGAAGCGACCACUUUUCUAAACAAGAUCGAGAUGCAGCUUCGAAAUCUCUGCACGGGUGCCUCCAUUACAGGCCUUUCUGAUGAAGGCGGUGAAUCAUCGGAGGGAGAUGUUAGUGUUGGGGAGGAUGACGUGGAAGAACUGCAGCCAAGAAGCAAAGACAUAGGUCUCAAAGAUCUUCUGCUUCAUAGAUUUGGCAAUCAUAUUACCACCUUGAAGCUGGAGUUCUCAAAGAAGAAGAAGAAAGGAAAACUUCCGAAAGAAGCAAGGCAAAUAUUGUUAGAGUGGUGGAAUGUUCACAGCAAAUGGCCGUAUCCGACGGAAGGUGAUAAGAUGGCAUUGGCUGAAACGACGGGACUGGACCCGAAGCAAAUCAACAACUGGUUUAUUAACCAAAGAAAGCGCCAUUGGAAACCAUCUGAAACCUUCCAAAUGGACGAACUGUCUGGACGAUUCUUUAUAGAUCAGGAGUGAUGACCAUAUUAUACACUCCCAAUAUGUAUAUCAACAGUUUCUAGUUCUUGUUUUAAAUUAGCUUUGUUUCGUAUAUUUUGACAUUCUGGGAUUUAAUUAUGCUUAUAUGACGGGGACGGCAAUGGAGCGGGAUGUUUAAAAACAUCCAUUUACAUAAAUGUUUCUAGAUUGGCUUAAUGUAUCAUUUGGUACUUAAACUUAAAACUUGGCAUUUCUUUUC